AUGGGUGUCGCAAUGGCUUUAUUUGCGAUAUUCCUAUCUAUUAUUUUGGAGAUUUAUAAUUCUUCAGUUUUACUGGAUGGGAUUUCAAUGAAUUAG